UAAAUGACGGCGUGCGGCGGCGGCGACCUCUGAGCCGGAUCCCGAGGUACCUUCGCGACGAGAACAGGGGUUCACGGAGCGAAAAUGCACUGUCUUUCGGCUGGAUGAAAGGUACUUUAAGCUGCCGGCUGGAGGAAUGGCGGCUGACGUCCACAAUAAGGAUGUGCCAUGGGAGAGCCAGAAUGGGGUCCUUGCGCCUGUGGAUCGCCUUCGCCAAGAUCGGUCUGACAGCCCCACUCCAGGCCUGGUUGAGGGGACAGAACCUGGUGCUGGACAGGACAGUGCCAUGUUCGUCCAUGCACAUUCCUUCGAGGACCUGAUGGCUGACGGUGAGGAUGUUCAGGCCACGGCUGUGGGAUCCGAGGGCGAGCAGGAGCCAGAAGUGCUGGAGGAGCUGGGCGACCAAGGUCAGCAGACGAAGGAGGAUCGGCAGGAGAAACGGCCGGGGGUCAGGGCCAAGGAGGAGGAUGUGACCAGCGAAUCGUGGCGGCAGCACAGGAAACACGUGUUUGUGCUGUCUGAGGCGGGGAAGCCCAUCUAUUCCCGCUAUGGCACAGAGGAGGCGCUCUCGAGUACCAUGGGGGUAAUGAUGGCGCUUGUCUCCUUUGUGGAGGCAGAGAAGGACAUCAUCAGGUCCAUCCAUGGAGAUGGCUACAAAGUGGUGUUCCUGCGCAAGAGUCCCCUGGUCCUGGUGGGCGUGGCUCGGAACCGCCAGUCGGAGCGGGAGCUGUCUCGUGAGCUGCACUACAUCUACUACCAGAUAAUCAGCCUGCUCACCCUGACUCAGCUCAACCACGUCUUCCGGCACAAGCAGAACUAUGAUCUGCGUCGUCUGCUGGCCGGCUCAGAGCACCUCACCGACAGCCUGCUCCGGCACCUGGACCGCGACCCGGGCUUUUUGCUGAGCGCCGUCACCUGCCUGCCCCUGACCAGUUCCACCCGGGAUGUCAUCUCCUCCAGCCUGCAGGCCUCCAGGGCCAAGAGCCUGGUCUUCUCCAUCCUAUUGGCGGGCAGUCGUUUGGUGACGCUGGUGCGCAAAAAAGACCAAUUUCUGCACCACAUGGACCUGCACCUUCUCUUCAACCUGGUGGGCUCCUCCUCUUCCUUCCGCGAGGGCGAAGGCUGGACGCCCAUCUGUUUGCCCAAGUUCAACACCGCUGGCUUUUUCCAUGCUCACAUCUCCUACCUGGAGCCAGCCUCAGACCUCUGCCUCAUCCUGGUCUCUACCGACCGCGAGGACUUCUUCAACCUGUCUGACUGCAAGCAGCGCUUCCUAGAUCGCCUCCGCCGGCGCAGUGCCUACCAAGCCCUGCAGGAGGCGCUGAAGGCCCCCAGCUAUUCUGUGUCCCAGGUGGGGAUCCCUGAGCUGCGACACUUUGUCUACAAGUCCAAGAGCUCUGGGCUCUACACCAGCCCAGAGUUCCCAGUGCCAUACCAGUCUGAGGAGGAGCAAGAGAGGCUGAUGGAGCUCUACCAGUACCUCCACAGUCGCAUGCAUCACCCUACACGCCCCCUGCGAUCAAUCUAUAGCUGCGGCGAGUCGGAGAGUCUGCUGGCCUGGGUGACUAGUGGCUUCGAGCUCUAUCUCUGUUUCAGUCCUCUGGCAACGAAGGCCCUUGCAGCGGCCGCUAUCAACAAGCUGCUGAAGUGGAUCAGGAAGGAGGAGGAACGUCUCUUCAUUCUUAAUCCCCAGACAUACUGAUGCACUGUGGGGAGCUGCUCUGAGGAGAGGCCCAGGCUGUAACUGAGGCCUAUCUCUGCCUGGUAGCCUUGAUUAUCCCCCCAGAGUACUGCUGAAUGCUGGGAUUGAAGUAAAACCAAAACUGACACCCUCCUCUGAAUUAAACCACUGAUACUGGCCUAACUUGCAUAUAGGGGAAUUGAAUUUUGGGUAUGGCACUCUUUACAUCUAGGACCAGAUGUAUAGAACCUGAGCUUUGAAAGCUGUGAGGGUGAGAUCUUUUUAAGGGUAUAAUUGUAAGAUGUGUGAGGAACAGGCUAUGUAUGAUUGUGAGUUUGCUGGAAACAGAUUCUCCGUGGCAAUAUUUUUGUUGCAAUUGUAGAUAAUUUGAUGUUUCAGUGAAUAAGCAAAAGAGAAAACUACUCGCUAUGCUGUUAGUAGAUGAUAAAAACUAACUACCUUUUUUUGUAUUAGACCUGUCACUGAGUUAACAUCUUAACAUAUCAGAAUGAUUCUUAUUGUUCAGCAGCGAAAGCCAAAUCGCAGGAUUGCCUCACUGUGACGAAGGGGACCACACAGCCCAUCCGAGUGGGUUUGGGACUCCCUAACUACGCUGUCACUGUGUGGAUAAAUACCUUUUAAUCUCAAAGGUAUACGCUUAGCUUUGAUAAUGUGAAAAUCCAGCAGGAUCCAUGUAACAAUUGCCAUUUUAUUUUAUUUUUUAUUACCCAAGUCGAAAAGUUGAAAUGUUUUUUUUGUCUUUUUAUUUAUAGCAAAAAAAUUAGAGAACUAGUUUUUGAGCAGUUCACAUUUUCCAGUGUUUCAGUUUCUACAUUACAGGCUGUAGUACACCCUUGCAGGGUGUCAUUGUACUUGUCUGCACUUCGCAGUGCGAACACUGUACUCUGCCUACUAGUUACUGCAAGCUGGAUUCAGACAAAACAAGUAAUUACAUUUUUGCGUUGACAUUUCACUCGCGCAGUAAAAAUGUAACACUUUAUUGAGAGGCCUCAAAUAAUUAGUAGUAGCUACUUGAGAUAAAAGAUACGUCAUGAUUCAUUAAUGAUGAACAAACAUGAGAUCAGUAUUUCACUUGUGUUAUUCAUUACUUGUUCCUUCAGUAGUUCCUUAAGUAGUUCACAGGUUUGCACAAUUAACUGGGAAAGUAAUAGAUGUCGCAACUGCUUGGGAUGAAAGAUGCGUCAUGAUUCAUUAAUGAUGAACAAAUAUGAGAUCAGUAUUUAACUUGUGUUAUUCGUGACUUUUUCCUUCAGCAGUUCCUUCACUACAGAAAGGUUUACAAAAUUAGAUUUCGUAACAAAUGUAGUAACUGCCUGGGAUAAAAGAUGCGUUACAACUCAUUAAUGAUGAAUGAACAUAAGAUCAGUAUGCAACUAUGAUUUAGUUUGUGGUUGGUUAAUAUAUGUUAUCACAUAAUUUGUGUCCUCAAAUAAAGUGUUACUGUAAAAACAAAGAUUUGAAAAUGAGCUGAAGGAAAUUAACUGGGGCUAACAUUGUCACUGGGGCUGUACCCUUGUAAUUGAACCUUUUAAAGUGUUAAAAUGGACUCUGAGGAACAUCCCAAAGGUACAAAAAGUAUUAAUGCACCAUCAAUGGUGCAGAAAUGUUCUUCAGCGUCCAUUUCUGUACCUUAAAAAGUGCAAUUACCUGCAGCUAGGGCACAAUUGGCAGACUCUUGAGGAUAUAGCCCCAGUGACAAGCAAAGGUAUUUCUACCCUUCUGAGAGUGAAAGGGCCAACUCCUGUCGAUUUUCAGGGUUAACGUUACCAUAGGCCUAGCCUAACUGACGUGUUUGUGCUAAAGUGCUAAGAUUAAUUGGCUAGAUGCUACCUACAGUUACAGUUAUAGUCACAAAGAGUAAUUACGUCUUCAUAAUCGAUAAGAAGAGACAUAUUAAUAUCACGUAGUCCGAGAAAUCAUGCAGGAUAACUACAACAGACUCCUCCUGCUAGAUUUGCGAGCACCAUGGACACUCCCAUCCAGUGGUAGAAUUCAUAGCGUUGAAAGAGAAGAGUGAAAGAAUGAUCACAUCAUCACUUUCAAUUUUCUGGUUUCCACUGUGAAAGUUUAGGUUAGAAAGCAACUUGACUUCUAUUUUUAACUUUUCAAUUUGGGAAAUAAAAAAAGAAAUUCAAAAUGAUAAGUGUUACAUAAACCCAACAGGUAUAUAUCCCAUGGCUUAGAUGUUCAUUUUCACAGUUUCUGUUUGUUCUGUAUUUUUCCGGUUAUAAUUUAAAGAUAUUGUCCUUCAAUUUGCUCAUCUGUAUCUGAAUGCCUUUUCUUUUGGCCAAUGACAUUAGUGUAUUUACUUAUUUGAUUUUUAACCAUCAUAGUCAGUGAGAGCGGAUUGAUAUCUGCACUCAUACGAUUUAUUUUAAAUUAAAGUGCAUAUCUGAGCUUUGUUUGACCACCUAAAUUAUUAUUUGCGCUGGACUUAAUUGGGAUGCAACUGGAACUAUUUUCUUUAGAUGCUUUAAGUCCAACUCAGUGGAGAUGCGAAAGUAAGCGGUGCUUCUAAAGCUUCAUUUCCGUUGGAUCGAGGCUACAGUCUCCUGAUCAUUGAGAUGUAGAAAGUGGAGGAUCUUAAUGCGUGUUUCCUGCUUAGACUUUACUGGCAGCAAAUCUCUUUAAUGGAAAAAUGUAUAAAAAUAUUAACCGUGUUACAUUCAUUAUCUUAAUAAAUGGGGGAAAAGGUUAA